AUGUCGCACUUGCCUAGCAAGCCGUCCAAGGAAGACUCUGCCCUUGGCGUGGCCACCCCGUUUGCCACUCCGACCGACACCCCGUCUGGCUCGCCGACGUCGGCUACGGCGCCACCGGUCGUCCGCUCGCGGCCGGGUGGAUCCGAGCCGGGUGGAUCCGAGUCGGACACAGUGGCCAUGCGCCGGAGGGUGCCGCCGCUGAGCGAGCUCACGCCGUCGGCCGCGGCGGCGGUGGCGUCGGCGACGUCACCGGCCGGCGCGGUUGUGGCAUCGUCACCGACGCCUGCGCUGCUUUCGAUCACCUCGUCUGGCCUUUGGACCCAUGUGCUCUUCCACAUCUGCCUUGGCGACUGGGACGUCGAUGCCGCGUUCACUCUGGAUCCGGUGUGGGGCGAGGAGGCCUUGUGGGAGGGCUCGCUGCUGCUGGACAAAGACGCGGUUGUCCACUAUAAGUACGUCAUUCGUACGCCCGACCGCAUCGUCUCGGUCGAGGCGCUCGACGAACCGCGCUCGCUCGUCCCGCUCGGCGUCGCCAUCAAGCUCAACGACGGGACAUACGGCGAGCCGGUGGUUGGCGGCACAAAGCGCAAGUGGACCGACCAGGGCUGGCUCAUCAAGGACUCGGAGCUGCGGCUGACAGUGGCCUCGGUCAACGUGGCCCGCAACGAGGUGGCUGCGGCGCUGGCGGGAGACGACGGUGGCGAGGCGAGCGCCGAUGUCGAUGCAGACUGGGUCGACGUUCACUGCGCGCCGCUGCUCCCGGAGCGGGCCGACGACUUUGCAUAUCUGGCGUCGCUGGUCACGCCGGCUGCGGUUGUGCACCCUGUGCCAAGUAAGUAUCCCAAGGGUGCGGCGAUGCCGCGGGCGCUCAUGUUCUACGCGCGCUCGCGCGAGCAUCUGGGCUUCCGGUUUGCGUUCUACAACUGCCGCGAAAACCGGGCAGUUGGCACCGCUGUUGUGUCUGCAGCCGAGCUGACGAGCAUGCGCGGUACGCUUGAGCGGCCACUGCUCGACGCGAACAUGUGCAUUGUCGGCUCGGUUGUGCUCAACUUUCUCAUCACGACCCCUUUUGGACUCCCGGCCAACACGCUGGCGAUGGUGCAGCGGCCCAAGCCGCGGCAGGUCGGCGAGGCGCUGGACAUCGGGCACCGCGGUGUGGGCGCCAACUCGAAGGACUUUGCCAACACAGCAUCGUACAUCCGCGAGAACACCAUCGACGCGUUCCUGGCGGCUGCGCGGCUCGGGUUCUCUUACGUUGAGACCGACGUCCAGCUGACUGCCGACGGGGUCCCGAUCAUCUUCCACGACUUUCGCAUCAUUGUCCACUCGCAGACGGUCGACGUCGACCGAGUCACUUACGACAUGGCGCGGUCGGGCAAUCUCGGCGGCGACAAGGACGUGUCGGCCAACAUCAAGAUCGGGAUCAACUCACUGACGCUUGCGCAGUUCAAGUCGCUCAAGCCCGAGCUCUCGGUUGACUCGCAGUCGACGUUUGCGGCGUCGGCCAAGCGGAAGCUCAAGCGGUCGUCAUCGCUCUCAGCCUUCCCCUCGCUUGGCGAGCAGCGCCGGCGCAAGAGCGCGCUCGCGAGCUCGCCACCGGUGGCCGAGGCUGAGCUGCAGCCGGCGUUUUUCAUCACCGGCUCGUUCGACACUCUGCACGAGGUGCUUGUCCACGUCCAGGCGCGCCAGCCGAGCCUCGGCUUUAACCUCGAACUCAAGUACCCGGUGACUGAGGCCGACGACGCAGAGCUGAACCCGGCAGAGCGCAACAAGUGGCUCGACGCUGUGCUCGACGUCGUCUUUUCGUGUGCCAAACCGGACUUUCGCAUCAUUUUCUCCUCGUUUGACCCGGACUUGUGCGCCAUGUGCCGGAUGAAGCAGCCGCGGUACCCGGUCUUCUUCCUCACCGACGGCGGCGAGGUGCAGUACACCGACGCGCGGAUGAACUCGGUCAUGGGCGCCAUCGACUUUGCGCUCUCAGCGCGGCUGCAUGGCAUUGUAUCGGAUGCCAAGCCGAUUGUGUGCAACAUCGAUCUCGUCCAAACCGUCCACGACGCCGGCCUCAUGCUCUUUACCUUUGGUGGCCUCAACAACGACGAGGCCGCUGUUGAGCUGCAGCAGACCGCCGGCGUCGACGCCAUCAUUACCGACGCAGUCUACCGGGUCAAGCGCACCGGUAUGACGCCGCGCAAGGCGCCCCCGCCAGCGACACGGGCCUGGCCCCGCGCCGCCGGCAGCAGCACUCGGUCUGCGCACGCAGCUGCCGAUGAGCCUAGGCACAGCGAAUCGCGCUCGCAUGAGCUUCAGGCUGUCCACGACGCCAAGGCGGCGUUGCGGUCAUGUUAA